AUGGAAGGGGGACCAACAUUUGGGAAGACAACUGGAUCAACAAUGACAGUGGAGGAAGGAUUAAAACUUAGAAACCAGAGGGAUGCAGUUUGCAAAGUUUCACAACUCAUGGUCCAGUAUAGAUGGAAUAGAGUGCUAAUCUUUAAAGUUUUUAAGAGAGAAGAUGUUGAACACAUCCUCAACAUCCCUAUAAGCCUAGCGGAAAGAGGAGAUAGCUUGAUAUGGAAACACUGCAAAACAGGUCAAUACACUGUAGCAUCUGGCUUCAAACAUUUGCAGCAAAAGAUGAGGAAACGAAGGGAAGAAAGUAACAAAAGAGAAGGAUGCAGCUAUCAACAAACAGAUAGGAAAUUAUGGAAGGCACUUUGGAAGUUACCUAUCAAAUAUAAGUUGAAGAUUUUUGUGUGGAAAUGCAUCAAUAACGGGAUACCAACAAAGGCUCAAAUCUUCCAUAGGACACAAAGAGGAGAACCGAUAUGCUGUGGAUGUGGAGAAAAAGAGGAAUCAAUUGAGCACAUGCUGCUGCAAUGCACGAUAGCAAAAGGAAUAUGGAAAUUUGCAUUAGUUAAUUGGGAUGGACUGGAAGACCAAACAGGCUAUUUCAAACAAUGGUGGACCUCCAUGAUGAUGCAUACAAGAACCAGGCGGGAAGGUGAUGAUCACAUAGCGCUAACUGUCAACGUGCUGUGGCAAAUCUGGAAAUCGAGAAAUGCCAGAAUAUUUAACUCAGCACAGCAACAUCCUCUUAAAGUGAGUGAAAAAGCUGCUAAAGAAUGGAAAGAGUACCAGGAAGCAAUCCAGCAACGACCAAGAAAAAGCACAACAGAAACAAUAAGGCAAGAAGAGAACAAUCAAAGACAGCAAACUAACUCAGAAGUGGUAACACUAAAGCUGGCGACCCAACACCAGAAUGGGAACAAAUCUUUUGGUAUAGGCAUCACAGCUGUGAAUGGCGCAAGCCAAGGAAUUGUAGCCUGGUCGUUAAAGGAAAGACAAGCAGGGAACAAAGCUCAGGACAAUGCAGAGGCUGUGAGGCUCUGUAUGAUUAAAGCAGCAACAAAGGGAUGGCGAGACAUCAAGAUACGAAUUGAGGAUAGGAAGUUGCUUGACCAAAUACGAGCUGGAAAUGCCAGAAGUGUGGAGUCAGCCAUUAUAAUAGAGGACAUACAACAAAUGACCUCAUGGUUUCGAAUGUGCUUUUUUGAUAGGUUAAAUGAGGACAUUGAUAGCCUAUGCUAUAGUUUGAGCAAAAUUGCUCUUUUAAACUUUUGUGACAUGGAGUGGAAUUACUCCACCCCAGACUGCUAA